UACCUGCCUUGCAUAGUUCAGCUCAGCGUCAGUCAGACAGCAGCUCACCGGCCGUUCGCAGGCUGCCUGCCCAGUCACGCUUGUCAGCUACAGCAUAAAGGAAAAGCAGUUUGCCUUUGGUGAUCUGAGGAGCUGCUCAAACCCGGCUCCAUACAGCAGUGCGGAAGGAGGCGAUGGACUGCGGCCCAGGCCUGAGCCCGGAGGAGGCGGAGGCGGAGGCGGAGAAGCUGUGGGAGAAGAUCGAGAGCAAGCGUCACAUCCUGACCAAGACCAUCAACCCCAGCAAGCUGACCGCCUACCUCCGCCAGUGCAAGGUCAUCGAUGAGGAGGACGAGGAUGAGAUCCUGCACUCGCAUCUGCUGACCUCCCGCAGGACACGUGCAAGCCGCCUUCUGGACAUCUUGCGUUCCCGUGGUAAGCUUGGUUACCAAGCCUUCCUCGACUGCCUAGAACUUUACUACGCUGAACUGUACAAGUUAAUCACAGGCAAGGAACCAACCAGAUGUUGUUCGGUGCUAGUUGUGGAGGAGGGUUACGAGGGACUGACUCAGUUCCUGAUGUGUGAGGCCGUGAAGGUUCAGAAGCAGCUGAAGGACCGCGAUGUGGAGAUCCACAAGCUCCAGAGCAAGUGCGAGGAGCUGCAGGAGGCCAACAAGCAGCUCGGCCACCAGGCCCAGGCACUGAGGGGCUUUGAGCAGCGCUACAGCAAGCUAAAGGAAGAGUUCAAGGCCUUCAACAACCAACUCAACAAGCUGAGGGAGGACAGCUACCUGCUGGCAAUGAAGCACGCCCAGCUCCACGAAGAGAAGAACAUUGUGGCGAUGAGGAACCGAGACCUGCAGCUCGAGAACGACCAGAUGAGGUGCAAGCUGGCGGGGAUGGAGGAGGAGUGCCUGCUGGCCCGGAGGCUCUCCAGCAAGCUGCGAGAGGACAUGGAGAGCAUGCCCAGCAAGCAGAGCAUCAGCAAGCUGCACCUCGACAACCAGCAACUGCGCGCCACCAUCCAGGAGCUGCAGCACUUCCUGCAGGCAAAGAACAACUUUGCCAGCACAGACAAGGUGUUCCUGGACAUCGUAGACCAUGACCGGAGGGAAGCCCUCGAAGAGAGACAGGCGCUGGUAGAGAAGAUCCACAACAUUAGCCUGGAGCUCCAGCAAGCCGAGGAAAUCCGAGACAAGCUCCAGAGGGAGAAAGAAGACCUGGGCCUCCAGUUUACACUGCUCACAAAGGAAUGUCAAAUGCAAAAGCGGAGGCUCGAGACUGUUCUGCAGCAAAUCGAAGAGGUUGAGAAGGAACGGGACCAGGCACAUAAAGCUCGGGACGAGGUGCACUCCAUCAACACCCAGCUCUUGCUGGACAACAGCAGGUAUCGGCGGGAGAUUUGGAGCAUGGAGGAGAAGUGCGACCGGCUGCAGAUUGAGCUGACCAGAAAGGAGGGAGAGAUGUCGGUCUUACGGUACCAGUUGACGGAGCAGAGAUCAACCAGCGUCAGUCUGGAUCUCCCGGACCACUGUAGUCUGACAAGCAGCAGUCCCGAUUCCAUUGGCUGUGCCGAGGAAUGGAGCAGCGUGGAUCCAAAAAAAGGCAGGAGCUUCCCCACGUCCAACCUCAGCAGGCGGAAUUGCGUCAAGAGACAGGAAUUACAGUUGUUGCAAACAUCAGAGUUUCCAGAGAGUGAAUGCGGUGAAGGAACGUCUGUGAUGGAAGUCCUCUGGCUGGACAUCGAAAAUGACCAGAACAUCAACAGGUUCUCAAUGAUUCCCUUCCCACCUUGCAAGGCAUCUUUGAUGCGACGGAUUAGAGACGAGGAACUCAGUAGCAGGUUCGAAUUCAGGCCCCGCAGGAGCUCAAAGGAUUUUGGCAACAGUUGUCCAGAUCAAAUUCAAAACCUGUGCUUAUCGUCCACUACUGGCUCCGAGAGGAAUCUCUUGUCCCCAUAUUCGAAGACAAUGGCCGGGGCAUCAAACAGUGUCAGAGUCGGCAGUGACAGGAGGGCACAUUUUCUGUCGUUGUCUUUGCCGGACCUCAGCAACGUCAAGCACGAGCAUGAACGCAUCCUCAGUGAACUCACUGUCGUCAGGGGUGAUGCGGCCUCCAUCUUGGACAACCCCGAGCAUCAAGGCUUGGAGCCAGAGCAGGGCUACAAACUACUGGGGCUGGACAAGGAAAACGAGCAGGGGACCAUGCUGCCAAACUGUGCCGGACAGGGAACCUUCUGGGCCGUGCACCAUUGUGCUUUGCCAGAUCCCCUUCAGUUCCAGCCAACCAAUGCCUACAGGAUGCUCCACAGGGUGUUGCAGGACGACGAGCGACUGAAUGAAGACUCCUUCUACAUCCGAGUGAACCUCAAUAUUCUGGGACAGGUGGACAGCUGCUCCUUGCAGGUGAAGUGUGAUGAGAUUUUGCACGUGUUGGACACCGAGUGCCAUUCAGGCAGCGAGUGGCUCUGUGCUCGCGUGGACCCAGUCACUAUGCAGGACCUAGAGCAAGGAACCAUUCCCAGCUAUAACAGAGCUCAUCAGCUACUCAUGGUAAAAAUUCACGCACUGAUUGGAAAUUUCCAGAAGAACGGAAGAGCAAAAAAGAAUCACAAUAAUCUGAAGAUGCUGGGUGGAGACCGAGUGAGGAUUGUGGCAGCGCGGAUUUCUGGGAACCCUUCCAGCACCUGUAGUCCUUCCUACAGCUUCUCCCUUGAAGCUAAGAAUAAGAAGGUUACACCUUACAGCCUCGUUCAGCCCAUCAGUGUGCAUCAGAAGAGACCGGUGCUGAUCAUGCCGACAGUUUUAGCCAAGCCCCUGAUCCAACGCAUCCUCCAGUUACCGGCCGCCUCAGAGUUUGACAUUGUGCAGCCAGAGGUUCUUACUGAAGAGGAACUGAAGACCAAAACGCGGUUCUCCUUCCAAAGGAUCCUGAAUCAGGACAAAUAUGAAAGCAUCACGCUGGAAGCCAUCAGAGAUGUCAUAGCUAAGAACAAACAUGGCUUGCUUCCUUUGGGAGUGCACACUGUGAAGGACUUAAUCGGCAAGGAUAUCUAUACCAUCAUCAUUCACAUCAAAGUGACUUCAAAAAACAUUAAGAAACUGAGGAAACUGGUUCCCAAGUCCUGCAGCAGUGACGAGGAAUUCCUGAAACUCUACCGGAUUGAGCAGAAACACCUGGAGUCUGUGCCCUGCCUCUCAGCCACAGUGGAGCCCAACACCUGGGGCAACGUCAAUGAGCUGGCCAAAGCCAUGAAGGAGAGCAUCUUGCAGGAGCAGACAAAACUCGUCUGGAUCGAGCAGAACUGAAGCUCAUCAGCCAGCUGAGCUUCGGUCCGUAAUAUGGAAUGGAAGGACUAUGGUCCUGGUGGGAACUGAUGUGGGAAUCCAGCCCAGCAAGGUAUCUCCUGUCAGAUGUCCAAUGACAUUGAAGCCGCAGUCACUCUCCUCUAGGCACAGGUCCAAACAGAAAGCAGAAAACUACAAGUUACCAACUGGUAGAUACAUGCUGGUGGCUACAACAAGAUUGCAUCUGAUACAUUGAUCUCAAUCCUUCUCCAGUGAUACUACCCAUGAUGCCAGAGAAGCAGGACUGGGCGGCUGGAUGGAGGAACGUGGAGAUGUAGAGGGCGAGUCAGUCACACCAGAAGGGAGCUGGAUAGGUAUCUGUAAAGAAUGAUUUGCAGGGCUAUAAGAGGAUGGGCGAGACAAACCAACUGGAUUAUUCUUCAGCUGAGUCAGCAUAGACUGAACAGGCUGAAUGGCCUAACUUUUCUCUAACACUAUGACCUUUUGUUUCUCCAGCUCCCAUUCCCAGCCCCUUUUCCUUUGAAUUGCCGUCCCUAAUUAUCCUCUUCUAUUUAAGAAACAUAUAGAGAAUAGAAAAAUGGAGGGCUAUGUAGGAGGGAAGGAUUAGAUUUAUCUUAGGGUAGGUUAAAAAGUUGGCACAACAUCAUGGGUCGAAGAGCCUGUACUAAGCUGUUCUAUGUUCUAUAUUCCUAACUAACACACCUCCGCUUUCAUUUGCUCCUCCCCCUCUCUUUACUGCACCUGAAAAGUUAUUUUCCCUCUUAAUGUUUACCCAAUUCCAUUUAAAUGUCUUUGACCUUAAAUAUUCAGUUUCAAAGUCAAAGUCAAGUUUAUUGUCGUCCGCACAGGUACGCGUGUGCCCCGUGAGAAACGCAUUUGCCACAGCAUCGCAGGCACAGAUCAUCAGCUGGGCAGCAUUCAGAAGAAAAACAUAUAUUAAAAAUAAUUUAUACACAACUUUUACAGAAACAACACAAUUAGAGCAAAACGAUUGUCCAUUUUAAUGCAAAGUAGUCACAGUGUACAGUUGUCUAACUGUAGUGACUAGUUAGUUCCAGAGCUGAAUGGUUAAAACAUAGAACACAGUACAGUACAACACAGGCCUUUCAGCCCGCUAUGUCGUGCCACGCUUUUAACCUACUCCAAGAUCUAUUUAAAAACGCAAACACGAGGAAAUCUGCAGAUGCUGGAAUUUCAAGCAACACACAUCAAAGUUGCUGGUGAACGCAGC